GUCCGAGUGUUUAUUGAUUUUUUGACAUUACAUACUGCAAACUUGGUUUAAAUUUGGACGGAUUUGUAAUAAAUUAUAUCCAACAGAUUAUGUCUGAAACAAUCACAAUGCGGUUACAAGUGCGUCAGAAGUAAUCAGUUACCACCAUGGCUCAAAGGAUGCAGGUGCCGGAGUUGAGAUGUAUGGAACCGGAGAACUAUAAGAAAUAUUUCCGAGCGCUAUGUUGGAGUGGUACCAAGAAGGAAAGGCGAUCCCACAAAAGGAUUGGAAAGAAAGAAAAGCUCCGGCGAUUAAAAGCAGCCAAUGCUUUAGCUGUUUGCUAUGCUCCGGCACUCCUGGGCAAUCCAUCUCAAUUUGCUGUAUAUGCCAAUGUGCGUAAAUCCAUCCUUGCUCGUUGGAGACAUCUCCAUGGCACAGUCAACGAGUUGUCUGAUGACAGUGAUACUGAGGAUGCAACACCACCACAAACAAACAAAAUACCAAAGAUUACAGGAAUAGGGCUUCGUUCAGUCUUCUCCUUGAUAGCACAGGCGCGCUUCACGAAUGCGCAAUUUUGUGAACAGGCCCUUAUUGCUUUACUGGACGUGCUGCAGGGACAUGCGCCGGAAGAACUGGCGCAGGAGCCAACGGACAUCAUACUCAACCUCCACUCCAUGCUGGUGGAGGUUGCCAGUGGCAGUGGGCCAAAUGGUAAGGUGGAGUUACCAACAACUCUUACUGCACUCAGUAGCUCCUGCCUCAUUGCUCUCUCAGUGGCGAGGGGCGAGGCUGAACUUAUCCUUAGUGCUGUGGCAUCUCUCAUCAUGUCCCCAUCUGUACUCUCUGAACAAGACCUGCAGAUCCCAUCAAACUUAAUCACUCUCCAACGGAGCGUCCAGUCAGUGAUACUUGGUUCUCCGUCCCGCAACCUAUGGUUAAACUAUGGCGUCCCUCACCAGUGUCUAGUGAAUAGCUUCCCAGUAGACCUUCCUGCGCAACUGACUGGCUCUGGCGAGCUUGUGGUCCGUUCCUUAGUUUCCGAUGGCUGCUUCCUAUACGUAUAUACGUCCAAGGGCCUGUUGAAGAUUGGUUCAGGGUACGGCAGCUCUAUAAGGCAGCACGUUUACAUGCACAAGCCAGACUUCUUUGCCAGCGAUCGCCAUGGCUGGCUAGGUUAUUGUAAGAAUAAAUUAUAUCUAAGGAUAGGCAGGAAAAAGACUGAAGUUUAUGAAAUAGAUAGAGAGACUUUGGAAGUGAGAAACUUGAUACGGCUGGAUCCCGGACAACCGGCCCCUGUUGAACCUAAGUCAGCGGUCUUUACGGAUGGAAAUCAAUUAGGACUGAUAUUAUUAACUAAUUUUGACAACCUAACAAUCCGACUGUACGACGCUGACUGUCAGCCGGAACGCGACGAAGGCACAGCCACCACAACACUGACGUCACAGAAAGAGAUCAAUGUCCAUCUCCUAAGGCGUAGGACGUUAAUACUGGGCCGUAGUCCCUUUGAAGACGGAAUGUCCAGACGAGCGACGGAACUGGACGCUCCCAUAGCAAUGCAACUGGAUGAUAAUGAUGAUGAUCCAUUACUCAGCAUUUAUGGUGGUCAGGACUUCGCACUUCUUACUACGACUUCAGGAAAGGUUUACUACACAGGAAAAGGUGCCAGCCUUGGUUACAAGGCGGCUUCUCCUCAAACUGGUCGGUGGACCCUCAUGAAGGAAACCAUAUUCUCAAGGAAUGAAGCACCGAACGCUAAGAGAUGCAAAGUUAUGCAGGUGGCGGUGGGCCAUGAGGGUGUCCAUGCUAUCUUAGUACUGGAUAAUGGGUCAGCGCUGUUUACUGGCAUCGCGCGGCGUGGCGAGGACGGUGACGCAAUGAAACAUCGACGACAGCCCAAACCUACACGUCCUAAAAAGAUCUUCAAGGCAGAAGGACACUUCGUAGUGUAUGCGGCAUGUAACAACGGCUCGACUGCCUUGGUGACAAGGCAAGGACAUUUGCUCAUGUUUGGGAAAGACACGCAACACUGCGACUCCGCUGGACAAGUACUCGGGUUACGGCAUGAGAGAAUUGUGCAAGUCGCCCUUGGAAAGGCUCACGCCGUAGCUCUCACGAACUUCGGCCAAGUCUACACUUUUGGAAUCAACAAUAAGGGACAGUGUGGUCGUGAAUUCGGAUAUACUAAAGAAAAAAUGUUCCCUUCGUCUCGCCGCCGCGCCGAGCCCAAGGAGGAGUCCCGGCUGUGCGCCACGUCACACACGUGGACGACAGACUACUGCCGCGUGUGUGUCCUGUGCCGCGACUGCACGGGCUUCUCCAGCGCUUGCCAUUGCUCGCAUCUACCGAAUAGAGUACCCGGAGAAAAAUGCGGUUGCGGCGAAGGCGACAGUGGUUGCGCAGUUUGCGGCGUUUGUCGGAGAUGCGCAGACGCAUUUGUAAUGGCUGGUCGACCUGAACGGUCGUCAACGGUGACCGUCACUGACUUGGAUGACGACGGUGAACCAUCCAUCCGACCAGAUUCUAGAAGCGAUGUUGACGACGAUGGCGACGUUUCUGCCAGACUCGACACACGCAGCGAUUUUGAUAACAACUGCGCAGGAGCCUCUUCUAGUGUCGAGACAAUGAUUGAUAUUGACGACAUCGCUGAAGUCUUCGCUAUACUAGACACAAGAAGUGAUAAAGAAAACGUGCGGUUCUCGUUAUUCGAAGGCGCUGCAGCUAGCUCGGAAAUGGACCGCGAUGCCAGUCUGAAAGUGACUUGUUUACCCCCCGCGCGAGUGGCCGUGCCAGGGGGCCACCGCAUCAUGGCCGUAGCGUGCGGCCUGCAUCACACAGUGUUGCUCACGGAACAUGGUGAUGUCCUAACCUUCGGCUCGAACCAGUAUGGUCAGCUCGGAGCGGGAGAUAUCGCAGUACAUCAUAGAAUAGUUCGGGUGCGAGUGCCUAAAGCAUCGAGCAUCGCCGCUGGCAGUAACCACACCGCGGUACUAACGAGGGAAGGAGAACUCUACACGUUUGGAAGCUAUCAGAAAGGAUCACUAGGCCGUCCUCGUAUGGAGGAGCCUUUACGAUCAGAUCGAAGUCCUAUCUGGUACGCUACACCCGGCCGAGUCCCGAGGUUGGGCCCCCGACACUCCUGUAGAGCGGUUUGGGUCUCGGCUUCAGGCGAUCAGACCUUCGUUCAAGUGUCUCAAGCUUUGAUUAAGACGGAUACCCUGUUCAGCUCAACCAUCACGGCUAAUUCAAAUACUAUAAUAAUCUUACCAAACCGACCGGAGCAUACGUUCAAAUGUAUAACAAUAAAUAAAAUGGACGGCACAUGCAACACGUGGCCUGGCUCUGAGCAAGUGGACUUCGUGAACAGUCUGGCGUGUCUGGAUCCUUUGUACGACGUCCUCUGGUGUUACCAGCCUCAGAUGAGGGUGAUGAAGUGCUACAACAUACUGGCUUUCGACUCGCACAAACUACAGAAGUGCUGUAACGAUCCCGAGUCAUAUUUCGGUGAUGGAGACUUUGAAUACCCUAACUACGGCAGCAUGAAACGCUUGGAAGACUUUAAGAACUUGGAGAACUUUGAUUUGUCCUGUCGCGACGAGGACAGGCCGACGGACAAUGUCGCUCUGUCCAACAUGUCGGUAUUGAACCAGGAACUGGCCAUUCCUUCAGCGAUUGGUUAUUCUGUUACUCGGAUGCACGCCGCGUUACAUCUUUUGGGAUGUUUGGAUUCCUUAACUUAUGCUCAUGAUAUAAGGUUAAAUCAAUCAGAUUCAAAAAGAGACAGCUUGGGUUCCCCAAUACUCCCCGUGAAGGAAGACUAUCAGACGGUGAACAGGUUCGAAAGUAACGGCGGCGGCUGGGGCUACUCGGGACACUCUGUCGAAGCUAUACGGUUUAUGUGUGACACCGAUAUCUUAUUGGGUGGUAUCGGUUUGUACGGCGGUCGUGGCGAUUACACCGCGAAGGUGAAGUUGUACGACAUUGGCAUCGAAGGCGGUGACCAGGAGGGCGACGGCGAGCUGAUCACAGAGAGUGACGAGAUCAUAUACGAGUGUCCGCCGAGAGAUCGAUUCCCGGUCAUGUUCGACAACCCUGUGCCACUCGCCGCUAACCGGUGGUACGUCGCAUGGGCUUGCAUAAGCGGGCCUUCAUCAGACUGCGGCUCCUCAGGCCAGGCAAUGGUUAUAAACGAUGAAAUAGGAUUCCAUUUCAAAACCUCCAAGAAAUCAAACAAUGGAACUGAUGUGAACGCGGGACAAAUUCCCUGCUUCAUCUAUAACACGGUCAGCCCUGACCAGUCUUUACCACUUAAAGUUGUGGAAUUGGGCGACCCAAUCAUAGUUUUAUCUAAAAACUUGUCGAGGAAAGUGACCGUCUCCUGCUUCAAAUCUCUUAUAACAUUAUUACAAUGGAGCUGGGAUACUUUCAAACAAAUCCUCCUGGAGACGAAUGGCCUGGUGCCCAUUAACUACCAAAAGCUGACUGUGAUGAAGCAUCAAAAGAGGUUGGUGUAUGUGAUCAGAGCGUGCCUACGACUGGUGAAGUCUUACAUCAACGAGAUCUACCCGCAGAAUAACAGGAAGCGCAACUCCCACGAGUACAUGUCGUACUUCGAAGCUAUUGCUGAAGUGCGGAACUUGAUUCAAACCAUAAUGGCCGACCAGACGCCCACGUGCUCCAUGCUGCCCCGGAAACCAGGGAAGACUAAGGCUCACAGAGUGUGCUACGUGCAGUUCGCUCUGGAGUUGAUCACUUCGAUAUUGAACGAAGCUCACGAUACAAUAACGGCAUGCUUCCAUGCAUUCUUCCCGACUCCCACACUGAAAUGGAAUCAUCUGUGCUCCAUGUUGUUUAACGUUAAGGAGGGUGUAGUGCCGGCAACACAGAUUCGCGAAUUGACGGCGACUUGUGCCGCGAUGUGCGCGUCUCGAAGUUUGCGCGAUGUCUUACAAUACGUGGUCCCCGUCACUCAAAGCUAUAUAAACGCCAAUGAGAACCGCCGGCCAGACAGCAAGGCAAGGCCAAAUUUUAAAAAGAUAAUCAUUAAAGAGAUCCCUGCCAAGUCGGCGACGGUCCCGCGAUCAUCCCAUGCGCAGAAACCACCUCCCAUACCGCCGCGAGCCAACAGUAGAGAUGCUACGAAACCGCCAGAUACUGCGGAAUCCAAGCCGAACCAUGCUGAUUGGCAUCUACUGGACGUGAUUCCUCGUUUAUUGGAUAUAGUGCUAAUCCCUAUCAAGCAGCAGAUGAUGACGCGGCAGUGUGGCCAGCCUCACGACCACGGAGAAAUAAAACAGCAGGAGAAGCUCUCCGAGUAUUGUUGCAAGCUUAUUGCUAGGAUCGUGGCUGAAAUGUCUACCAGUGCUACUUCUAUUCGGGACACAGACUCAAACGUAGUUAAAAACUUUGUGACACCAUCGCGGUUUAUGCGAGUGAACCAAACGCGGGCUUGGAACACUGGGAACGGCAGUCCGGAUGCGAUCUGCUUCACCGUGGACCGGCCUGGAGUGACGCUCGUAGGCGUGUGUGUGUACGGCGGCCUCGGGAACUACGAGUAUUCGGUCGAACUACUGCAUGAUCUCCGCGCGUCAGCCGACGAAGCGAACUCGACACAUUGCUGGGUGAGCGUGGAAAUAGUGCACGGGAACUACACCGCGGCUGACCUGCAGCAUGACAUCGUGCAGCUCAAGUUUGAACGCCCUGUCCCUUUGAAGGAGGACUUGCGUUACGCCAUCCGGCUGUGCAACCACGGCGGUCGUACUUCGAACGGUGACUGCGGGCUGCCAUCAGUGAAGGGCCCCGACGGUACCACGUUCCGUUUCGCCUCCUGUUCUCUCAGCUUUAAUGGAACCACAUUGGCCAGGGGACAGAUUCCUAGCCUAAUUUAUUAUGGGUCAUCAAAGAAUGUAUCAAACUCUUCCGAAUCAGCGGACAACCUUCUAUCCUCGCUGCGGUCCAUCACUCUCCGCGUGGCGUCCACCGUCAUGGAACGAGGAGCUGACCUCUUCUGCACGUUGCGCAACGAACUCACUGCUGAGGACUUGAGGAGAAACGCUACAGUGCUUCAGAGCUCACCAGCUAUCAACAUACUGAUACCGUAUACCCUCGCCAACUUGGACGGCGUCGAUGAUUCUAAGAGCGUCAUCAAGAUUCUGGAAAUGAUUCACAAGUUGCUUCCCCACGUGGCUGCGAUGAACUUGUUAGUGCCGAGUGUGGAAGAGUCGAGCACCACCACGGGACAUUAUUAUACGUGGCUCGAGAGCGACCACCCGUACAAGCAGGCUACGGUCACCAAUAUGAGAGUACUGUUCCCAACUAACGUCUCUUGGGUGGUCCUGGAGAUGGAUCCCCGCAGCAUCACCGCUCAGCCUGAAGACUCUCUGACCGUGUACGCAGUGGCCGGGACUCCAAAACAUCGGUGUCACUGUGCUAACGAGGUCCGAGUAUCGGAUCCGCCUUUCAGAAAGGUAUAUAAGCGACUAGUCCAGUUGACGAAUGAAGGCGAGGUGGAGGAGUUGGGCGAGGAGCCCGACGGAGACGGCGUGUGCAUGCAUUACAACUGCACGUACGUCGGCGUCACCCCUCGGCUGGCCAACAAUGCCAGCGACUGGCCUCAAAAGGCACUUUUGGUACCAGGAAAUGAAGUUAUAUUCUCUCUGGAGACAGCAUCCGAUUAUUUAACGGAGUUCAACAAAUCUAAUAACGAGGACAAUCGUUUCGGCUUCCGAUGCCUGUGCGUCGGCUACGAAGACACCCCACUGACCACACAACGCCAAGGUCUUGUCGCGCUUGAGAUGGAACUCGUGUACUCUGGAGCCGCGUGCGCAUCCAAACUGUUGGCUCCCGAUAUCGAAAUACCGCCGUUGACAUUUUCAACGUUAGUCGAGGUUCAAGUGCAAGCAAUGACGGGCGGCAGUCCCAUGGGAGUGGAGGGCGAGUCUCCUCAAGACGGGAGCGAAGCCCUCCUCCUGUCCAGAGGACUGGAACUCUCCUCCCCUCCCACCAUACACCAAGUGCUUGAUGGCCAACCGCUAUUGCGAUGCGUUUCAACGGAGCGUCAGUUCCUGACUGACUUUGUGGCGGGUGCGGAGAGUACAGCUGGUGGCCGCCUGGCUCGCUGGCUGGCUCCGACGCCACACGUCGAGCCCUCCAAGUGUGAGCUGAAGGCCCCGGCGCUGCCGGUGCGGCCCUCGGCCAGGGUCACUAUCCCCAUCAUCGUACGAGAUCAAUACGGCGAAAAUGUUUCCUCACCGGCGCUGAAAGUUGAGGUGGUGGUGCAGAGACUAAGUGCCGGCUCAGGCCUGGCAUCGAACGUGGACUACCAGCGCCACAAGAUCCCCGACGUGCCCUACCAACCCACGGUCAGAGAGAACAUGUGCUUCCACGCGAUCACUAUGAUGAAGGCGUAUCAAGAAUUUUCAUUCGAGGAGCUCCGGCUGGCGAGCGAGUCUUGGAGUGACGGCGGUGCCGUGGGCGGUGCGUUCGUCCACAACGGACGCAUUCCGGCUGAACGCCUGCCGGUCCGGGAGAACCCGGACGGAUCUUACGUGGCCACCUGGAUCCCGAGGACCGCUGGGGCUUACGUCUUCAGAUGCACCCUCGAUGACUUGCCCGCGUCACAGGAAGUGACAGUAGAGGUGGCGGAGAGCACGGUGGAGCCGCCGGAGCGCUGCCAGGCCGGGGGCGCGCCCCCCACCACGCCGCCCACGAAGCUGCGGCGCUUCAUUUCGCGGUUCAGCGCUGGCCUCCGAGUCCGGGCCAGUCCUAGUCUCCAGGCCGAAGAAUUAGGCCGAAUACCUGCUGGUGCCAACAUUGCGUUCGUUGAAGAAGUUGUAAACAAGGACGGCACGUGGGUGCGCUUGAGCGCAGAAUCCGUGCGAGCUUACACAGAUGAGAUGACGGAAGUAGCGUGGUGCAUUCAGCAUCAUCGACAUCUAGACAGGGCUCUACUGGUACCUGUAGAGCCGACCACACCACUGCCGUCACAGGACGAGUGUGCCAGUAUAUGGGGCGGCUACGGAGAGGCCAGGGAAGAUCUGCAACUAUGGGCGCAGGAUGACAAUGACGGCGCAUUGACCGAUAUAACCUGCCUCGAUGAUAGAGCCUUCCCGUACGGACAAAUACAGGCGGAUGGCAGCCCGUUCAUGCUGCCUGGCUCCUCGGAGCCCAGCAAGCGCAGCCGCAGCCUCCGCGGAGAGAUAAGCUCCACCUCGUCGGCUGCAUCCUCGCCCAAACGAUCGCAGCGCCGCAGCAAUGGCAACGCGGACGACUGGUGGUCGCCGCUGCGGCAGCGGUUCGGAGACAACACAGACAUCAACGCCAUACAGGAGACGGACAUCGAGCCGGAGCCCCUGCUGGUGGAGACCCGCACCAGCCGCGUGGCGCAGACAGGCACGCAGACGUCCCCCGACAGGAGCGACAGCAUGUCCGCCAUGCAGCUCUACAUGGGACCUUCCAAGUUAAAUCAGGACCUACCAGGCCGACUCAGCCCAAAGCCGAUAUCCCGCGACCGGGCAGCGAGCCGCGCGCGCGCGUACCGGCGCAGCGCGUCGCCGCCGCCGCUGCCGACGCGCGCCGCCCCCGCGCCGCCCGCGCCCAGGAAACACGCGCUCAGUCCCGCGCAGGCUGAGUGCUUGCGAGCUGUCUUCGCCGCUCUCUUGUGGCAUGAAGGCAUUGUCCACGACGCCAUCGCUUGCGCUGCGUUCUUGAAAUUCCACCCGCAGCUACCGAAGCAGGGAGCGCGAGUGGUCACUCGGCCGGCGCAUGACGUCACUCCGGCACGUCACCAGCGGCACUCCGUGGAAGUGUCUAAUGCUGGCCUAUACUUGCGUAUUCAUCCGACAACAUUGGAGACAUUGACGCGCUCCGGAAUCGAAGCGAGCACCAGUCGCAUGCGCAAUGCAGUCGAUACACCAAUACGAGAGGAGGAGAACUUACCCGGCCCCAGCACUGAUCCAGCCGGUUCCUCGCGCUACGUGGUCAACGUGUUGCCUCCCGCCAUGCGCGCCCUGGUCGCGCUCUGGGACGCGCUCUACGAAGCAGAUCAACUCACGUCGGCUACAGACAAGUUGAAGAAAGAAGAGAAGAACGAAAACGGCGAAGUGAAGCCGCGCAGCGUGAUCCGCAAGAAGAAAGAGUGGAACACCAGGGCGGGACGGACUCCCUACUCCGUUCAAUGCGACUUAUGCAGUGGAGCCAACGUGCCACCGCCAUUAGCAGCGCACAUGCGGACAGCGCACCCAGGCUGUAAGAACCCGACCACCAAGGGCUUCGACCGCACUGGCACCUACCAGCCCACCAACCCGCAGCCGUCCCAGGAACUGCAACCCACCUCAUACUGCGGACAAAUGGCUCAGAUAUAUCAACUUUGGUACAUGUUCUGCGAGAAAUGCUACGAGAAGGCAAUCAAGGCGGCGCCCUCCAUCAGACAGGCCCGGGAAAAGGGUGGGGUUGCGAGGAUAGUGUACGAGCGCGUGGAACUGCCGGGCUGCAUUGACCAUGGCACCAUGAAGGAUAACGCCAUAUUCCUCUUGGAUUUGGCACCGCUUACAAAUCCUGAACCGAUAAGCAUGUCGGCGUGGGCGGACAGUUCCUCCCGCGGGCCGCCGACGCCGCCCGGCAGCGUGUGGCAGCCGGCGCCGCCGUUCCAGUGCCUGCCGGCGCUGGGCGCCGCGCCCAAGGCCUUCGCCGCGUCUGACGCAGCGCGCUACCACUCCCUCGGCAGACCGAUGCCGCCCGCCGUUGCUCCGCUGCCAUCAGCAUUCGGUGGUUUAGAGGGUAACGCUGGAUCGAACUGGCCCCGCGUUCAUCGCUCGGUGUCCAUGGGCCAGGCGGGAGGGCGCGACCUCGCCAACGCAGCGCGCCCCGCACUCGCUCGCGACACUCCUAUGGACCAGGACACGCUCACCGGAGCUGGAUCUUCUCUGUUAGCGCAGCCCAGCGCAGCGCUGCGCCGUCUGAUUGGCUGCGGAGACUGGUCGGCCGGCGCGUCAUUGUCUGCCUUCGAGGCCCCGCGAGUCGACUCCGACUCACUCAUGAACAGCCCCGUCAUGGCGUUCAUUGUGUCCAAGAGAGACUUACAUGCACACAGACAGAAAAUGGACGCCGCUGUCCGAAUAAACACCGUGCGCCAGUAUGCUUUUGAGGCAAUGAACUGGCUCCUCCGUUCAGCUACGCAGCCGACGUGUGUCCAUGACGUCAUGUGGUGGUUCUGUAACGCUCUCGACAAGUUUGCACGCAUCGUUCCACCGCCAAGUCUCGCUCUUGAUGAUAAUAAAGAGCAGAACGCAGUAAGCGAGAGUCCUCGAGGGGUAAUCCCGACGGCCUCAGCCUCAGCAAUCUGUCCCGGCGCCCGCGCAGCUCGAGGCGCACGCGCAGCGUUCCACGCGUUCCUCGGUUCAGUGAGCGCCCUGGCACCGUCUCUGCCACCAGCCAGCGCCGCGGGGCUGCAAGCUGUGCGAUGCUGGGCGCUGCACUACUCGCCACACGACCGGACCUUCUUACACAGAUCACAAGUGUUCAGUGUGAUCAGCAAGAUCCUGUCACACUCGGAGGAUGGGGCCUACGAGGAGGGACUUCUGGGAGCUAUCCAGGAGAGCUUCCAUAGCUACCUCAACAAGGAGAAUUACGUGUGGACUUGUCCUGACGUGACCGGUUGGUGUGACAUCAGCGUUUCGUCUCGCCAAAGAAUGGCCGGUGCUCUCACUGACGGCAGCACGGAGACCUUCUGGGAGUCAGGAGAUGAGGACAGGAAUAAAGCCAAGUGGAUCCAGAUGACGUACCCUGGCGGUACUCCUGAUGAUAGACCGCAUAUCUUGUGCGUCCAUCUUGAUAAUACGAGGGACACAGUGAACAAGACGUUGCUGGUGUCCUUCCUGUACAGCGGCGGCUCCAGCGAGAUGUUCCACAUGCAGGACGUGGAGGUGGACCCGAAGACUGCCACCUGGCUCUGUUACACGAUGCCAAGAGGCACGAGUACAUCGGUGCGAGUCCGCUGCGAGCUGCGCGGCCCUGAACCAGCCGUGCGGGUACGACAAGUGCGGGUACUGGGCGCACCCACUAUGCUAGCCUCAGCGGCCGCCACCCCCGCGCAUGUCCUACACGGACUCUCCGAAACCGACACGUUGAGGGUGUUCCGGCUUCUUACAUCGCAGGUGUUCGGAAAGCUCUUGGAAUGGGAUCGUACCGGCAGCGACUCGGGAACUGAAGCGACGGCCGCCGUGGAGGACGGCGCGGCGGCAGACGACAGCGACCUGCGCGAGCAUGUGGUCGGCAUACUGUUCGCAGGACAUAAACUUACUUCGUUACAGAGACAGGUAAUGACACAUAUAGUGUCAGCUAUAGGCUGCGAGGCGGCUCGAGUGCGCGAUGAUUGGGAGACGGCGCUGCUCUGCGCCGAGGCAGCCGAGCGCGCGCCGCCUGAGGAACAGCAUGUACGACCACCAGCUCACCAGCAGGACAACUACUGCUUCGAAAUGCUCUCUCUGCUGCUAGCACUGAGCGGCAGCGCGGUGGGACGCGCGCACCUGGCACAGCGCACCGAGCUACUGGCGGAUCUACUGGCGCUGCUACACACGGGCAGUGAGCGAGUACAACGACAGGUUAUAUCCCUGCUCAGGCGCAUGAUCACAGAGAUCCCACCGCAGAAAAUGUUAGCCGCUGUCAAUUACGGCAAUGAAAUGAACUCAAGGGUAACCCUUUUAGAUCAUCUAGUAUGCUACUUGGGCAAGGCGAUCACAGUCCAAGUAAAGGUGAAAGGCACCAGCGGAGCCACUCCAGCUUCAGUGAUGAUGGGCAGCAGUGUGGGACAGGCGUCCCCUGCCACCUGGUUCAUGAGAGGCGAGACCACCAAGAAACAUGCGCAUCUAGUCGCCAAGCUACUCUCCGAUAUGGCUGAGGAUAAAGUAUCGCCAGCUUGGGGCCUGGACACGCGCAACGCUCUAGCUACGUACGUGUCGCAAGUGGCGCAGCUCUCCGAGGCAGAUCGGAGACCGACGCGGUGCAUCGCGGCGCCCACAGUGUGGGUCGCCCUAGCUGCGCUCUGCGUGUGUGAGCAGUCUCAUGUCGAAAUGAUUAACAGCUCUGGCGACGGGCGGGAGUCUCGCCGCGGCGAGUCGGACGGGCGGCCGCUGUGUUCCAACCACGACGACGGGACCACCGCCGCCGUCAUCGAGUGCCGGACUUGCGGCCCGCUGUGUGCCGAGUGCGACCGCUUCUUGCAUCUCAACAGGGCAGCGCGGACCCAUCACCGACAGAUAUGCAAAGAGGAAGAGAGUGCCAUUCGUAUAGACAUUCACGAGGGUUGUGGUCGAGCCAAGCUGUUCUGGCUACUUCUGUUGGUCGACCGCCGAACGUUCAAAGGGUUGGCAGAGUUUAGGGGAAUGGAGAGUGGAGUUUGUGACAAUGGCGCGGGAGAGGGCGCUGCAAUACUGCCCGGGCCGCCCGGCCUCGCGGGCACUUGCCGCUUCUGUGGCACCCGGGGCAACUCGGGGCUGCUAGCCAUCGGCAACGUCUGUGCUGACCAGCAAUGCCAGGACCACGGCAAGGAGGCGUGCAGCCGCGUGCUGCCCUGCAACCACUUGUGCGGCGGCGUCCGUUCAGAACGGACGUGUCUGCCGUGCCUGUUCGGCUGCGCAGGCGCCACGGACGCUGUGCCACUGCGCCAGGAUGCGGAUGACAUGUGCAUGAUCUGUUUCACAGAUCCCUUGCAAGCUGCCCCCGCCAUUCAGUUGAAAUGUGGCCACGUUUUCCACCUGCAUUGCUGCAGGAAGGUCCUGGCCAACAAAUGGAUAGGCCCCAGGAUUACCUUCUCAUUCUCACAGUGCCCGAUUUGCAAGGAAGACAUGAACCACUGGACCCUGGAAGAGCUCCUGGCCCCCAUCAGACAGCUCUACGACGAAGUAAAGCGCAAGGCUCUGAUGCGGCUCGAGUACGAGGGCUGCGCGCUGCCCGGCCAGGCCAAGGGCAAGGUCCUGCCCGACCCCGCCACCUACGCCAUGGAGAGAUAUGCCUACUACGUGUGUCAUAAAUGUGGGAAGGCUUACUUCGGUGGUCUGGCUCGCUGCGAGGCUGAAACGAGUGGCUGGUGGGAGCCCAACGAGCUGGUCUGCGGAGCGUGCAGCGACGUCGCUGGCGCCAGGACCUGCCCCAAACAUGGCGCCGACUUCCUGGAGUACAAGUGCCGAUACUGCUGCUCGGUGGCUGUAUUCUUCUGUUUCGGCACAUCACAUUUCUGCAACGCGUGCCACGAUGACUUCCAGCGUGUCACCAGCAUUCCAAAGCACCUGCUGCCGCAAUGUCCCGCUGGUCCCAAAGGCGAGCAACUACCAGGCUCGUCGGACGAGUGUCCCCUGCACGUGCAACAUCCCCCCACCGGCGAGGAGUUCGCGCUCGGCUGCGGAGUCUGUAGGCAUGCUCAAGGUUUCUGAACAAGGGAGUGUGCCAUUGGCGAGCAUAGGGUACCAGGAACCAUUCGCCUUGGCCAAUAAACAUUUUAACACACGUGCCGCAUUGCAACGAUCUCAGAAUUCUGGUGUAACAUCUGCCGUGUGUUGUUGAGUGUAAAGAAAUUCCACUAAACUAUAUCAAAAUAAUAUAAAACUAUAAAGACUCUCGAACUUCCCGGAUAUACAUAUAAAUAUACUAAUACAUUUGCAUUAACUUUCGGUAACACAGUGUUACGACAUCACCGCUAAAUCAAAUGUUUUAUCAUAACUCACUUAAUAAGAUCUAAGUAAAUAAAAUACGGCAUUACGUUGUAAACUACUUGACCCAGGAACGCUAGGCAUUGAGGACUAUUCCAAUACUUGAGACAGUUCAUUGGUUAAACUAAAUUUGCGCAAACUUGCACAAGAGUUGCGCAUGAUACUUACCGGACAAUACAUAAACAUUACGAGACACUUACCGAAUAUGACGAACUAAUGUGAAUUAAAUUAAUCACACUACUCUGGAUUGACUCACAAUUUUAUUGAAGGAUCUGGCUAAUACAUUGGUAUUAAUAAAGUAUUAUGUAGUAGAAUAUUACUGGAUUUAUGAUUUAUAUGUUAAUUUGUUUGUUGUGUAUUGAUCCCACUCAAUCGUCUCAGUGUCGUCUGCCGUAAAGAUGUGUGUAAUUUUAUCUCUGGUUAUGUGUCUAUUAUAAACUUUACAGUAAUAAGAAUAAAGUUCUGAUUUUAAUGAAUGUUUUCUAUAAACGUUAGCUCAAUAGUUGGUUGUCGUGUUUGACGAGUAUCUACGUGUCCGAUAUGUUGUUGUGAGUUACGAUGUGUUGCCGACCUACUCCGUACUCUAGUCCAUAUCUGUAGGGUGUCUGUAUCUAUCCUUAGACUGACGUAUUACGAGUCAGUAUUCUGGCUGUUAUAAGUAGAUAAACUUAGUUUAAGACCGUAAUGCUGUAUAAUAUUGUAUGCAGUUUUAUUACCAACUCGUUUGCCUCGGUCCAAAUGCUGACGAAUACUCGCUUCGGGAAUGCUUGAACUAAUUUGCGUGAUAUUUAUAUGAAAUAAGGAAUUUAUUUAUACUAGGCUUGUUUCUAAAUGGGUUUUAAGAUGUGUAAUAUUGUGAUAGUUUUAUAUGCUCCCCCUGCUGCUUGCGUGGAUGCCCACUAUAUACUGAUACAUAGUAUAUCCCACAGCAACGCGCGUGUACUGCGCACGGUCUAACUCAUGAUCCUAAAUAGUAUAGAACCUAUGUUGUGAAGCUGAUAUAUUUUUCUCGUUAAUAGUUACUUUAUUGAAAACUGCGAUUUAUACUCAAAUAUAUUCUAUAUUUAUUUAAUCAUUAUUACAUACAUUGAUGUCGUAGGAAUAGCAGAGUUUUAUUGUUGUUGUACAAAUAAUCGAAUUGCUAAUAUUAAGGUGGAGUGCCGAGUGGAGCUUAUUACGCAACUUGGAGCUGUCAAUAAAUCAAUAAUAAUAUCGUUCGCCAAUAUGUUGAAUCACGUAACUCUCUCGCAUGCACAUGCAUGUAAUCACGGUCGGGAUUUCAAAAGUUAACAGUUAUAUACGCGUAUGUAAACUCCACUCGGCACAUAGUUUACAAGAUAAAGUUUCAGUCGUUACAUGGAUGUUAGUAGGUGUACGCUCCUCCGCAUGCAACACUCCCCGCGGCUUACUUCACUAGUAUGCACAAUACAAGUCUCUCGUCACACUCUCAGUUCUUCAGUUUGGAGCGAAUUGGUUAAAUGUUAUAACGAAAAUAAUUUUAGUAUAAGACUGCAUUUGAAGACUUGAUAGUGGAAUUUCGAACGAUGAUGAUGAAAAUGUUUAUUGGGGACGAAUUUGUAAAGUACAAGGUGUUCAAUAUAUUGAAGGAGUGAGACGGAGGUCGCUGGCAGGACAAUUCCUCUACCACGUCGCUCGGGCCACUGCGUUCCGGCCCUAAAGUAUUUUAAAUACUGCGGUAAUGUAAAAGCGAAUGGAGAACUUGGUAAAGAACAUAAUAUAAUGAUUGUAUUAUCAACCUUAGUCAAAUAAUCGUAAGAAUAUAAUUUAAAUGAAACUAUUUAUUAUUUACUAGAUAGAUACUAUCGAAUCUCUUUUUGAUGAUGAGUUUACAAUGUUAUAUCGUACUUAAUUUAAUUUUAAUGACUUGUUUAGGUGAAACGUUUAAAAGUAGCGUCUUGUUUCCUACACACUUGUAAUGAUUUAUGUUUAUUUGAAAUUGUGGACGUCAUUGUGAUAUGUUACCUGAUGACACGCAGUCAACGAAUAAAUUAAAGGGAUAUGAAUGAACAUGUAAGUCUUAAAGUAUAAUUACACGAACCAUGGAGGCUCCUAUCUGUUGUCUUUCUAUCUCUGGUACAAAGCUCUAUUUCCUCCUGUGACGAUUCUCGAUCCCGCAUUUUCUACAACAAUUAGUUUAACUUGAAUACUCAUUGAGAUCAUCACAUGAAAAAUAUUGAUGUAUAAUUAUAAAGUUGUACUUUAAUUGGCAGUAUACACAAGAAAAUAUUAUUAUGUGUUAUCAAUAAUUGCACGUUAGAUCCAACUUUUCAUGUAGUUAAUGAAUUUAGUGUUGAUAAGAUGAUUAUUUUACAAUAAAGCUUAAAACCCUG